UUUUUUCAGCUGUGUGGGGAGAACAAAUAGGGUGGUUUUGAAUAUUCUGGCUCUUACUCAGAGCAGCAUGUGGAGGGAGAGAGAUGCGUUUGCUUUUUUAGUGCAAUGGCUUCAGAAGCAAGAGGGGAAAAAACACUUUCUCUGGGAGCUGGAGAAGGUGUCCUAAUCACCGGAGAGGUUUCUAAAUGGCAUAUCUUUGCGAGUGUUCCUGUCGUCCGGAGGUUUUUGUUUGUUUGUUUGCCUUUGGAAGGUUUUCCUCUUAAUAUUCACGUCCUUCCGCAGAAGUGAGAAAUGUGAUUUUCUUUUGUGCAGUGUGGCAGACCCUCCGAAAUCUGCUGGGAAUGAUGAAUGCCUCGCCCAGUACCAAUGUGAUGAUGGUGGAGAGAAGGAGAAACCAAGAAGAUGAAAAGAACGUGACCUCAUUUCCAAAGAAAACGUUUUGUCCGGCAAAGAGUCUUCUGAGCCUGACCAUUUAAAUCCUAUUUUACAAGAUGAUAUGUUCGAUGGUGAUGAUGAUGCAUCCUUGGUUUCUGGAGAUGAAUUAAAAGAUGGAAUGCCUGACGGACCAGAGAAAAAACGCCUCUGUUUCAGCAGGAGUGCUUUCUGCGAACCAACAUCACGCCGGCCCCGUCUGCUAAUAGUAGGAAAAGAAGGGUACGGCCAGGUUUCAUACGUGGCACCCGCGGUGUUGCACGCUUUGGAGAAGUUUCCCGUUCACACCCUGGACCUUUCUGUUCUGCUUACAAACGUUGCACUGCCAGAAGAAAUCUGCGGACAGCUGAUCCGAAAUGCUCAGAAGACAGCACCAAGCAUAAUUUAUGUCCCAGAUAUCCAUUUAUGGUGGGACAACGCUGGACCUGCCUUGAAACUUACUUUUCUAACUCUACUACGUAACAUUCCAGCAUUUUCGCCAGUUUUGCUGCUUGCUACGUCUGAUGUAUGUCACUCAGAUCUCCCAGAAGAGAUCCAAAAAUUAUUUAAUAAGGAAUUUGGAGAAGUGUGCAAUAUUGAGUUGUCUGGUAGGGCAGAGAGAGCAGCUUUUUUUGAGGACCUAAUUCUAAAUCAAGUGGCUAAGCCUCCUGUAAAGAAAACAGUUGAUCGGGCAUUGGAAGUCCUGCCUGUAGCACCAGCGGCUGAGCCUCAGAAGCCACAAGAGGAAGAAGUAGGGAUGCUGGAGGAGGAAGAGGAGGAUACCUUGCGUGAACUUAGAAUUUUCUUGAGGGACGUUACUCACAGACUUGCCACUGACAGACGUUUCAGGGAAUUUGCAAAGCCCUUUGAAACAUGGUGAAAUUUCCCACCCUUGAUGGGUCUAAC